UUCGCCGCACUGGAGCGCGGUCUUUCUCGAGACGCCCCUCGCUAGGAGAGGGUCCCUGGCUCUGCGUCCCCGUCGCGGUUCUGCGGUCGGUGGUGUCCGCCUGGUGCAGAGCGAGGCCAGGCGGCCUCUGCUCGAGGCCCGCGUCGCCAUGGCCGCGGUUCCCGAGUUACUGCAGCAGCAGGAGGAGGACCGCAGCAAGCUGAGAUCUGUAUCUGUGGACCUGAAUGUUGAUCCCUCACUUCAGAUUGACAUACCUGAUGCCCUCAGUGAGAGAGAUAAGGUCAAAUUUACAGUGCACACCAAGACCACAUUGCCUACGUUUCAGAGUCCAGAGUUUUCUGUUACAAGGCAACAUGAAGACUUUGUGUGGCUACACGACACUCUUAUUGAAACAACAGACUAUGCUGGGCUUAUUAUUCCACCCGCGCCUACAAAGCCCGACUUUGAUGGCCCUCGAGAGAAGAUGCAGAAGCUGGGAGAAGGUGAAGGGUCCAUGACGAAAGAAGAAUUUGCCAAGAUGAAGCAAGAACUGGAAGCUGAGUAUCUGGCUGUCUUUAAGAAGACUGUGUCCUCCCAUGAAGUCUUUCUUCAGCGACUUUCUUCUCACCCUGUUCUCAGUAAAGAUCGCAACUUUCAUGUUUUCCUGGAAUAUGAUCAGGAUCUAAGUGUCAGGCGGAAAAAUACCAAAGAGAUGUUUGGUGGAUUUUUCAAAAGUGUGGUGAAAAGUGCUGAUGAAGUUCUUUUUUCUGGAGUUAAGGAGGUAGAUGACUUCUUUGAGCAAGAGAAGAACUUUCUUAUUAAUUAUUACAAUAGGAUCAAGGAUUCCUGUGCAAAAGCUGACAAGAUGACCAGAUCUCAUAAAAAUGUUGCUGAUGACUAUAUCCACACUGCAGCCUGCUUGCACAGCCUGGCUUUACAAGAGCCCACAGUCAUCAAAAAGUACCUAUUGAAGGUUGCUGAGCUAUUUGAAAAACUUAGGAAAGUGGAGGGUCGAGUCUCUUCAGAUGAAGAUUUAAAGCUGACAGAGCUUCUCCGAUACUACAUGCUCAACAUAGAGGCCGCUAAGGAUCUCUUGUACAGACGCACCAAGGCCCUGAUUGACUAUGAGAAUUCAAACAAAGCUCUGGAUAAGGCCCGAUUAAAAAGCAAAGAUGUCAAGUUGGCUGAGGCACACCAGCAGGAAUGCUGCCAGAAAUUUGAACAGCUUUCUGAGUCUGCAAUAGAAGAACUGAUCAAUUUUAAACGGAAGAGGGUGGCCGCAUUUAGAAAGAACCUAAUUGAAAUGUCUGAACUGGAAAUAAAGCAUGCCAGGAACAAUGUCUCCCUCUUGCAGAGCUGCAUUGACUUGUUCAAGAACAACUGAUCUGCCUUUACUCUGAAGGAAAUGAAUGUGAAAGAAAGCCAGCAUCAUUUGCACUUAAAUCAUUACUAUGGAAGAUUUAUUAGCUUUGAUUUCAGUUUAAAAUUGUGAAUAAAUAUUUGAUUUCUAAAAAUCUUAACACUUAA